AUGGAACAGCAGUCGAACAGGGCCCAUCGGCCCGCGAAGGAGAAGAAGAAAUACGAAGAAGAAGAAUCCCAUGUUGACUCAAUCCGGAGCAUUACAGGACAGAAUCCGAAAGCCUUCGCAUUUUCAAAAACCGGAAAACUCAACAGGCAGGCGGCGCGGUCGCACGAUGUCAAGGAAAAGCGUCUUCAUGUGCCCCAGGUCGAUCGCAUGCCCGAGGAGGCACCCCCGACGGUGGUCGCACUCGUUGGUCCCUCUGGUGUCGGAAAGACAACGCUCCUCAAGUCCUUGAUUCGCCGCUAUACCAAACAGACACUUAGCUCCCCUCAAGGACCGCUGACCGUUGUUACUUCGAAAAAGAAGCGCCUCACCUUUAUUGAAUGCCCCUCGGACUCCCUGGCAGCCAUGAUCGAUGUGGCCAAGGUUGCGGAUAUUGUGUUGCUUAUGAUUGACGGUAACUACGGCUUUGAGAUGGAGACCAUGGAGUUCUUGAAUGCCUUAUCCACCAGUGGUAUGCCUGGUAAUGUGUUCGGCAUUCUGACCCAUCUUGACCUCUUCAAGAAACAGAGUACUCUCCGCAUGGCCAAGAAACGCCUCAAGCACCGCUUUUGGAGUGAACUUUACCAGGGCGCAAAACUCUUCUAUCUGUCUGGUGUGAUUAAUGGCCGUUAUCCCGACCGCGAAGUCCACAACCUCUCCCGAUUCUUGUCGAUCAUGAAGAACCCACGUCCACUUGUUUGGCGCAACUCCCAUCCGUAUGCGCUGGCAGACCGCUUCCUGGACAUCACUCCUCCCACCCAGAUUGAACAGAAUCCCAAGUGUGAUCGCACUGUGGCGCUUUAUGGAUAUCUUCGGGGCACCAAUUUCAAUGCCAAUGGUGCUCGAGUGCAUGUUCCUGGUGUAGGAGAUUUAACGGUUUCGGAGAUUGAGGGUCUCCCGGACCCCUGCCCUACCCCUCAUAUGGAUCAGCAAAUAGCCAAGGCAUCAGGCAAGUCUUCGAGGCGCAGACUGGGUGACAAGCAAAAGUUGCUUUUUGCCCCCAUGUCCGAUGUCGGUGGUGUUCUGGUCGACAAAGACGCUGUCUACAUUGAUGUCAAGACCUCUACCUUUAAUCGAGACUCGGAUGAGGAGUCAGAGGAUGAAGGACGUGGUCUCGGCGAGCAGCUUGUCGUUGGUCUGCAAGGUGAGCGUCGAUUGCUUGGUGAGGCCGAUCAGGGAAUGCGCCUUUUCCGUGGUGGUGAAGCAAUUUCCAAGGCAGAUGAAGAUGAUGAGACUGGCCGAAAGCACAAGAGACAUGCCCGCAUUGCGGAUACUGAACAAGAUGGCACCGCCGCGUCAGACGAUGAGGGGUCUGACGGGGAAGAAGACGACGACGAGGAUCUCGUUGGAGACGGAGAUGAAGAUGAUGGUUUCAGUGGCGAAGAGGACGAUGAGAUCGAUGUCGAGGCGCCAGCUGACUUCGAGAAAGAAUUCAAAGAGCGCCAGAACGGCAAGUCUCGUGAAGAUGAGGUCAUUGCUUUUGCAGACAGUGACUCCGAUCUUGGCUCCAUGUCUUCCAACGAAGAUCAAGAAUUUGAUAGUGGCGGUGAUGAAGAUGACGAGGACGAGGACGAGGACGAAGAUGACGAGGAUGGUAACGCACGAUGGAAGGAGAAUAUGCUUGCCAAUACGAAGGCGCUUCAUGGAAAGCGGCCGGCAUUCCGCGUCACUGACCUCUCGCGAAUGAUGUAUGAUACGUCUAUCAGCCCUGCUGAUGUUGUGAAGAUUUGGCGCGGCGAAGAAAACGAGGAGGUCGAGGAGGUCGACGACGACGGCGAUGAAUUCUUCAAGAAGACAAACAACGAGAAGAAGGAUGAAGACGACUUUCGCGCCAUUCCCGAUUACGACUACGACGAGUUGGAGCGGAAAUGGCGGGAUGAAGAGAUGCUCGAAUCUCUCAAACAGCGCUUUGUGACCGGCAAGCUCUCUGCUGGUGGCUUCGAUGACCUCGACGAAGUCGACGACGAUGACUUUGACGACGGUGAAGACGAUGAGGGUGAUGGAGCAUUUGAAGACAUGGAAACAGGUGAAGUGUUCAACGGUUUCAAUGAGGACGAUGAUGAGGACGAGAAUGAGGAUGGCGACGAAGCAGAUCCCCCUAUGGAUCUGGAGGUUGAGCGUGAACGCAACGCCAAAAAGAAGGAAGAGUUGAAGCUACGCUUCGAAGAAGAGGAUCGUGAAGGCUUUGGCAACGCCCAAGAUGGAACGCGAGAUGGCGGUGAUGGUGAGUUUGGCGAGGACGAUUGGUAUGACCUUCAAAAGGCAAAGAUGCAGAAGCAGCUUGAUAUCAACCGCGCCGAGUUUGAUGAGCUUGACCCCGCAUCCCGUGUCCGAGUCGAAGGCUUUAAGGCCGGUACCUACGCAAGAAUUGUGCUCGAAAACGUGCCCUACGAGUUUGCUUCGAAAUUUAACCCUCGUUUCCCCGUCAUCGUCGGGGGUCUUUCCGCUACCGAAGAUCGUUACGGAUACGUCCAGAUUCGUAUCAAGCGUCACCGCUGGCACAAGAAGAUCCUGAAGAGCAAUGAUCCCUUGAUCUUCUCUCUGGGCUGGCGCCGCUUCCAGUCCUUACCGAUCUACAGCACUUCCGACAGUCGGACGCGAAACCGUAUGCUCAAGUAUACCCCUGAGCACAUGCACUGUACCGGCGUUUUCUACGGUCCUCUCGUGGCCCCUAACACUGGUUUCUGCUGCGUUCAAUCAUUCUCCAACAAGAACCCCGGCUUCCGCAUUGCCGCGACUGGUGUGGUGACAAGUGUGGACGAGCAUACCGAAAUCGUCAAGAAACUGAAGCUCACUGGUGUUCCUUACAAGAUCUUCAAGAACACUGCUUUCAUCAAGGACAUGUUCAACUCUUCUUUGGAGAUCGCCAAGUUUGAGGGUGCAUCAAUUCGCACUGUUUCUGGUAUCCGUGGUCAAAUCAAGCGAGCCCUAGCCAAACCUGAGGGACACUACCGUGCUACCUUCGAGGACAAGAUCCUGAUGAGUGAUAUCGUUUUCCUACGUGCAUGGUAUCCGAUCAAACCCCACCGUUUCUAUAACCCCGUGACGAAUCUGCUUGACCAGGAGGAAGGCCAGGCCGGCGAUGCUGGUUGGCAAGGAAUGCGUCUUACCGGUGAAGUCCGCCGUGAGCAGGGCAUUCCCACCCCCAUGAACAAGGAUUCGGCAUACCACAAGAUCGAACGUCCGACACGCCACUUUAACCCUCUACGUGUGCCCAAGCAGCUGGCUUCCGAAUUACCUUUCAAGUCCCAAAUUACCAAGAUGAAGGGCCACAAGGACCAGACUUACAUGCAAAAGCGGGCCGUUGUCCUUGGUGGCGAGGAGAAGAAGGCUCGGGAUCUCAUGCAGAAGCUCACAACUAUGCGCAACGAAAAGCAAGCCAAGCGAUCGGCCAAGCAAGAGGAGCGCCGAAAGGUCUACCGUGCCAAGGUGGCUGACAGCCUCGAGAAGAAGGCAGCCCGCGAGAAGAGAGAGCGCGAUGAUUACUGGCGUCGCGAGGGCAAGAAGCGCAAGAAUACGGAUGGAGAAUCCGGUGGUGGUGGAAAGAAACGCAAAUAG